AGUGAGAGUCUUCAAAAGGCAGAGCAAGCUUUCAACAAUGCUGAGUUUCUGCGGUCGGUGGGCAGUCCAGUGCUGUACGGGCACGUGGUGCAGCUGUUCCACGUGAGCAGCGGCAAGUUCGUGAGUGUCAAGCGCACGCAGUCAGAGCUGGAGAAGUCGCACCUCAAGGUCGUCCUGCAGAGGCGUGGCGACAUGGGCUCCUGGUUCACUGUCACGCCCGCGUACAAAAUCAAGCGGGAGGGCGAGCAUGUGGCGUUUGGAGACGCGGCAACGUUCAUGAGUGUCAAGUUCUCUGGAGCCGGGUUGCGGCUCUCGGAUGCGUCCUUUGAUGUCACGGUGUCAGGCUGCCAUCCCUACGUGAUCGACUCUAGAGAGGUGAACGCAGGCCCAGAGGUGGGGCGGUGGAAGCUCAUACCCUACGCACUGCACGAGAGCAAGCUGCUAAACGCCCGGCACCUGCUGAGAGGCGGCGAUGCAGUGGUGGUGACGCACAGGGCGAGUGAGAUGCACCUGGUGUGCGACGAGGGCCAGGUAUUCUUUGAAGCGCGCGGCCAGAGCGAGCCCGGCGGGGGGAGAGUCAGCUCCAAUGCUCUCUGGCGCCUGCAGCCUCUCACUGUUGAAUGGGGCGGGCGUUUCGCUUCUGGAGACCAGCAAUUUCACUUGAAGCACCUGGCGACGGGCCUGUACCUGGAGUCCAGGCGCCUGCUGCACUCCAAUACCUGCCUCGAUAUGCGCGGAGAGGACUUCAGGGGUAUGGUGGGAGUGACAGAGCUAUACAAGAAGCCAGGAACCGUGUGGAGGAUAGGGGCAGUGGGGCAGGGCACAGAGAGGCACGUGAUUCCCUACCACACGCUCAUUCAAUGCCACGGCGUGCAUGGCUUCAUGUCAGGCGGCAGUGGGGACUAUUACAAGGCCCGCUGGGCCUCUCCCGGUGCAGUAGGCUCACUUUCCUUUGCCUCGUCUUUCUCUGCCGCUGCUGCUGCUGCGGCUGUUGGUGCGGUUGGUUCUGCGUCGGCGGCUGCUGCUGGUGUGUCUUCGGGGUUUGCGUCGGGAGCGUGCGUGGAUGGGGAUGGGGAUGGGGAUGGGGGCGAGGAGGAUGAGGAGGAGGCACUGAUGGGGAGGCGUCCUGCUGGGCUCACGUCAGUGUGGGACCAGAAGGACGCACUUGUAUUCGAGGGUGCUCCUCCAGCAGCGGUCAACCUCAUCCUCACAGAGAGUGACUCCACGCGCUGUCUGAAGAACUUUGUGCUGGCGCUAGACGAGAUAGACCCCAUAGAUGACUGCACGGACGACGAGGUGCUCAAGGCCAGCAUCCGCACCAGCGGCCUCAUUCAAGUGCUCUUCAAGUAUGGCCCAGUAGUGGCAGAGGAGCUGCAGCGGUUGAUUCGCUGUCUGGUCAUCUCGGACAUGCCAGACGUGCUCAACCUCAGGGGCCCUCCAAAUCGGACAUACCAGGUCUUUGUGAGCGAGCAGAAGGUGCUAGCAGUGGUCGUCUCCGUGCUGCAGAUCCUCCUCAUCAGCAAGGGCCUGCCGCAGCGCUGCCUCAGCGACUGCGACACCUUCUUCGAGGGAUUCGACCUGCGCCGCCUCUGCAAGCUCAUGAACCGCUUCCUGCAAGCCGCGUGCCAGCAGUUCAGGCCCGGGCAGGACCAGCUAGCGCCGUAUGUGCCGCUGCUGGACCAGCUGGUUGGGAAUGAGAUCUAUACCUCGGGCACGAUCAUGGCGAUUUUCGCGGACAACGAGAGGAUUAUUUCGAGGGUCACUGUGGACAAUAUCCGGCAGCGAGUGACCAACUGUCGCAUGUUCCAGCGGCCGCGGGACAUCCGCUUCUUGAACAUCAUCUGCAGCAGCGAGGGCGCGCCCGUGCGCUCCAACCAAAAUGUCGUGGUGGACAUUCUCCGAGAGAACGCCGAUAUCCUCGUGCAGGCCCGCCCCGCGCCCUCCCGGCUUGUUAGAAGGGGUCAGACGCUCAUUCUGAGGCGCUGGGAUGGGGUGGAGGUGGAUUGUGAGGCGUACGCGGAUUUGCAGCAGCUGGGCCCACAUUCUGACUCCAUUCGCCGCACUCCGCAGGAGGUCCUCUUUCUCUUCUACGUGGUCUCAUUGGAGCUCUACUGCACGCUGUGUCUGCAGCGCAACCGCAAGGCCAUAGACUGGCUGAUAGAGGACAGCCACCUGUACGGGCUGGACUAUGGCACGCUUCGCAUGGUGGUCUUUAACGAUGCUCUGCCCUUCUUCCUGCGCACCAACUGCUGCCGCCUGCUCACACGCAUGUACCUUGACAGAGAGCCCUUUGAGCUGGUGUCACAGGGCAGCGUCAUGCUCACCUGGCCCACAAUCGAUGACUCAGAUGCAGAAACCCUCAGCGAGCCCGACCACGUGAACAUGGCCAUGGCAGACCCCUUUUCCGCCUUCCCCGGGAAGGCGCCAGAGAGGGAGUUUGGGGAGCUGAAGGCGUGCACAUUGGCUUACCUGCACGGCACGCGGCUGUCGUCUGCUUGCUCUGCGGGGCAGAGUGCGCUCACACUGGCCGUGCUGCAGAUGGGCAGCAUCAUGCUGCAGUUCGGGCUCUUUGGGAACUUCUCUCAGGACUGGGACAGCUCCAUAGCGCAGGUGGUGGCGGCGAUCAUCCCUCUGCUGGAUGGCAGGUCGGAGCCGUGGGACGGCAGCUGCAGGCUGAGGUUCGAGAACCAGCACGAGCCACACAGCAGUGCUGUCAUGGAGGCGAAGACCAUCAUGUGUGCCAUGCUCAUGUACAUAUUCGACAUGCGCAUCAACUGGUGCAUCAGCAUCGCAUUCGACUGCUACUGCGACCUCGGAGAUCGCACCAUAGCCAACUUCUGGGACAUGCCUCUCCUCCUCUCCCGCCCCUCCGACCCCUACUCCUCCGGUUAUCCCUCCUCCGUCGCUGCGGUUACCACCUCCACCACCCCCUCCUCCUCCGCCUUGGCUCAGCACACCUCGUUUCACUCCGCGUCCUUGGCUUCAUUGGAUUCCGGUAUUCCCAAGGAUGCUGUUGCGGCCCUGCAAAGAGCACUGGGAGGGGAGAAUGGGGUGAUGGGAGGGGAGGGCGUGGGGAGGAGAUUCGGUGCAUCUGGUCUGGAGGGUGGUGGCGGGAGGAAAGCGUAUGGUGGCAAUGGUGGUGGUGCUGGUGGUGGUGGUGGUGGUGGUGGUGGUGGAGGAGGAGGGGGGAAUGGAUACGGUUACGGCUCGGGUAACAGCAAUGGCGGUGGCGGUGGCAGUGGCGGUGGUGGUGGUGGUGGCAAUAGCAACGCGCUGAUCAUGAGGAGAAAGUCUCUCUGGUGGUCCACUCGUUUGAAGCUCGAAGCUGCUUCCACCCUGCGAGGGUUUGUCAGGCCGUCGCGAGUGGGACCCCCUGAUUCAGCAGUAUUCGAUCAACUCUUUAAAGACUUAUUUGAGACGCCGGAGCUUAGUCCCUCAGGGGCUGUUUUGAGAGAGGAAGCAGGCAUGCAGGAAGAGGCACGGCUGAGGGAGGAAGCGGGGGGCAGGAUGGGAGGAGAGGAGGGGGGAGGUGGACGCGGGGAGGAGAGAGAAGCGAGAAGUAAAACAGUAAACCAGGUACCUUACAUGAUGAAGGUGCUUCUAGACCUGACUCGUUAUAAGUACGCUCCAUUAAGAGCGCUCGCCUUCGCCCUGAUCGACCGCUACAUGAUGGAAAAGGCGUCGCUCCUGCGCAAAAUGCUCUCCACUCACAUAGUCGUGGAUCCAGAUGUGCUGCGGCUGUACAAGCAAGUUGCUCACGACGUGAACAUGCUACGGUCGCUGCACGGAUGGCUGGGGAGCGAUAAUGAGUUGCUGCGAGGGGAGGUGCGGCGGCGGUGCUGCGAGGUGCUGUGGAAGUUCCGGGAUAUGUGCACGCUGAGCCAGGGGCAGAACGAGGCGCAGGUGGUGAAGCACCAGACGAUUCUCAAGACGCUUGGCGCCCACUGCUGUGCUCGUGAGUUCUCCUGGGAUUCUUCUGUCCUGAAAGGUGACAUGCUGCGCUUGCCCUUCCGCCGUGUGCCGUCUCAAGUGCGGGGAGAGAUGGACUGUCUCGAGGAUGAGGGGCUGCAGGCGCUGCUGCAAGCGGCUUACGAGUUCCUCACCAUGUUCUGUGGGGGAGUGGUGAACGAGGAGAUCCAACUCACGCUCUUCCCCUUCAUUCCCCUCAUGCUGCCGCACCGAGGGCUGCAGGGUGUGCAGGUUACAGAGUGUCUGUGUGCCAUACUCAAAGACAACUACGAGCUUUGCGCUCAGGUGGGGCUGGACCUCAUCUGGUCAUGCUUCCGCCUCAUCCUCAAAUUCAACCGCCGUCACUCCUGGCUCAGGUUCCUCGAGACGGUGGUGGUGGUGAACGGCAAGCCCAUGGGUCGCAACCAGACAGCCGUGCUAGACAUGGUGAUUGACCACACGCACUCCGUGGCUGGCCUGCCCAAGUCACCCGCGCACUGGAGGCGGCGCCGGGAGCUCAUGGCUGCUGGCGAGGCUGCCGCCAAACCCCAUGAGAGCCAGGUGCGCUUCCAUGCAGCGUAUGUCUCUCUGCUUGCUGCGUGCUGCUGGGGGAACAACCCAGCGCAUGCAGUGAAGGUGGGCGGGCUGGUAGGACUGGGCGAGGUCAUGGCAACCCUACUCUGGCUCAGCUCUGAAUCCCGAAUGGCUCAGAAGGCCAGAGAGAAGGGGCAGGAGAAGGGGAGGAAGGGGGAGGGCGAGAGGGGGAGUGAGAGGGAGAGGGAGGGUAGGGAGAGAGUGGGGGUGAAAGAGGGUAGGGAGAGAACAGAGGAGCGGCAGGUGGAAGAGAGGAAGGGUGGGGAGGAGGGGGAGGAGGAGGAGGAGGAGGAGGAGGAGGAGGAGGAGGAGGAGGAGGAGGAGGAGGAGGAGGAGGAGGAGGAGGAGGAGGAGGAGGAGGAGGAGGAGGAGGAGGAGGAGGAGGAGGAGGAAGAGGAGGAUUGGCAGCAGCAGCAGCAGCAGCUAUAG